AUGGAUGGCUCAACUGAGAACUGGGACCCUGCUCUUACUCGCUUAUUGUCUUCAUUAAAAGAUGUUCAAUCUGGUGGUGAAGAUGUGGCUUUCCUCAAUGAACUCCUUCAGUCAAAGCAGCUUCAUGCACUUGUUCAAGUGCACAAUAAGAUUGUAGCAACUCAAUGCAAGGAUGAUAAGUUUUAUCCCUUAUUAUCUAAUGCAAUGCAGGUCACAUUAGAAGUUUUAGAAAUGUUUGUUGAUGUAGUACAAAUCUCCAGUGAAUACAAAGAGUUGUUAGGUCUCCUACAAAAGCCUCAUUUUCAGGCUAUACUUUGUACACAUGAUGCUGUUGCACAGAAAGACUAUUACCCACAUUUACCGGACAUACCGCCUGAUGCUGAUGAUGAAGAGGAAACCGUUAAAAUUGUCCAACUGGUCAAAAGUGACGAACCUUUGGGUGGAGCUCAGAGCGCAGAGCCUAUAGUGGGUGCUACGAUCAAAACCGAUGAGGAUACCGGUAAGAUCGUGAUAGCUCGUGUGAUGCACGGUGGUGCAGCCGAUAGAUCUGGUCUGAUACAUGCUGGGGACGAAGUUAUUGAGGUCAAUGGCAUCAGUGUGGAAAGCAAGACACCAGCUGAUGUUCUAUCUAUACUGCAAAAUUCGGAAGGUACCAUAACGUUUAAAUUGGUACCGUCUUUCGGUAAAGGUGGUUCGAGGGAGAGUAAAGUAAGGGUGAGAGCACUGUUCAACUAUAAUUCCUCGGAAGAUCCUUACAUCCCUUGCAAAGAGGCAGGUCUUAACUUCAAAAAGGGUGACAUUCUUCACAUUGUGUCCCAAGACGAUGCUUAUUGGUGGCAAGCUCGUCGUGAGGGUGAUAGAGUGAUGAGAGCCGGUCUGAUACCUUCGAGGACCUUGCAGGAGGGCCGCAUUAUACACGAGAGACAAACAGACCCUCAGACUCUUGACGGUAAACCAGCACUUUGCAGUCCAACAGCUGCUAAUUCCGAAUGCGGUCCCAAGACUCCAUGCUCGCCGACUCCCAACGCUGCCGCUCUAUUGCCCUGCAAGUCUAUGCCUAAAGUGAAGAAGAUUAUAUACGAUAUAAAGGAGAAUGAUGACUUCGACAGAGAAUUGAUACCGACUUAUGAGGAGGUGGCCAGAUUAUACCCACGACCCGGGUUCAUUAGACCCAUUGUUCUUGUUGGGGCUCCCGGCGUAGGAAGGAAUGAAUUGCGAAGGAGGCUGAUUGCUUCCGAUCCCGAAAAAUACGUCACCCCCGUACCAUGUGAGUAUGCUGUGCCAAAGUUUGAGUUCUCAUAUUUGUUGGUUGGGGCGUCUUAUUAG